UCCUUCCAGUGGAUUAGCGUCAUCUCCGGUUUAGAAACCGAAUCAAUCGGGCUCCGCUUUUACAGCAUUAAGUUACACAGACUGAAUUCUGAAUAAUCCGGAUUACCGGUGGCGGCGGUGUAUUGGGUGGGCCUGUGUUAGCCCCCGGACUGCAUGGGGGUCCGGUUAUGUGCGGCAGUGCAGGCGGUGGUGAACGGCUUUGUUGUGGCUCGAGAUCCCCGCGGCUCCGCUGCGGAGGAGGAGAAGAGGAACCGGGAGCGGAGCAGCAGCAGCACGGCAUGAACCCAGCCCCCCGCCCCGAGCCCCGGCUCCGCGCCUGAUCCACACACCGCCUCCCCACCGCCACCGCCGCACCUACUGCUGCCCACCGGAGCGCCGCCAUGCAGGAGCCCGAGAACGGCGAGGGCGGGGCGGCGGCGGCGGAGGUGCAGGUGAGCGAGCAGCCGAACGCGCUGAUCGCCUGCAAAGUCCCGGAGGAGGUCUUCACCGCCCGGCCGCUGAAGGAGCAGUUCGAGGCCCUGUUUCGGCAGUUUGAUGCAGGAGUUUCUUUCCAGUUCUUUAAAAGCUUCCGGCGCGUCCGGAUUAACUUCACUGAUGCUCUGUCUGCUGCUGAAGCUCGAGUGAAGCUCCACAAGAGUGAUUUCAACGGCAAGGAGAUGCGCCUCUAUUUCGCCCAGUCUGUGCACAUUGGCAGUCCUCGUCUAGAGCCUCCAAAGCCAGAGAAGCAGUUCCUCAUCUCCCCUCCUGCGUCUCCUCCAGUGGGCUGGGCUCAAUCUCAGGACGCUACGCCGGUUAUUAACUAUGACCUGCUGUGUGCUGUCUCCAAACUCGGCCCAGGUGAGAAAUACGAGUUACACUCUGGAACCACGACGACUCCCAGCGUGAUCGUGCACGUGUGCGAGGACGACAGUUCGGGCGGGGAAGAGGAAACCGAGGGGGGGAAGCGCGCCCGUCCCAAAAUCAUACAGACCCGGCGCCCAGACUACUCUCCCUCCGUCAAGCAGUGAACCCGGAGGCGAGGAGGACAUUUCAUCUAGUUGACUAACCUGGCACAGCUCCAGGAGACACGGUCAUGCAGUUCGUCCUCCCUACUGCCAGGGGGCAGCACGUGUAAAGCGCCUCUUCCUGAUAGGGAGGUACCCAUUCUCAUCAUCUCACGUGGGUUUGAGUUCAUGCUGGUUAAUUGCAGUGGAAGCAGAGAUUUAGAAGUCUGACUUUUUAUUUCUUUAAACGAAAUCUUUCUUCAAUGUAUGUAAACUAAAGAAAGUGUACUUGGGGUGCGCCGCCCGUCUCUCCCCUCCCCCCGUUUUACUCGAAAAGGAAAAAAGAAGUUGUCUAGCACAGAACUUGUUCAUGUCUGGAUGCUGACCGUACGUUGUCGGAGGCCGCCGGUGUAGGCCUGCUAUUUGUCGAUAUCUGUAUAGCAGCUUGUCGUCCACGUCUAUAUUGAUUCUCGUCUUCUGCAAAAAUGUCGUUAGCGUUGCUGAAAUUUCCACAAGUCUCCUCUAAAUAUUAUGCACUUUAAGAAUAGAGCCUUAUAAUGUGAUAUACCUAACAUUAUUAAGUAUUUGUCGCAGAAUAUCGACUGUGUUACCGCAUCGCUCUGUUGUGUUUUACUGUCUGUAGGCGUUAGACUCGUCAUCACCGCUGUCAAGAGGACAAAGAACAUGUUGCAGUGGAAUCUUGUGAUUUUCAGCAGAAUUGACGUACUGUAUCUACAGUAUUUGUUGUAUUUGAAUGUAAACCACAUCUGUUGAAUACGCUUCAGGAUUUAUCUUGGAUGAACUAAUCGCAUUAGGCUGCAGGACUAUGAGCUAGAGGGUACAUUAGCCUACUGUUAAUAAAACAGUAUUGACCAAACUCAUGAAA